UAUUUUGUUUUAUUCCAGAAGAAAAACCAAACGAAGUAAAUACUGCACUCUGCACUUUGGAUUCUGACUUCCAGCACGCUGAAACCACAUUGCUGUCAGAGGCAGAGAGUCCCUGGGAAAGACACCAGUGAAAGCAUCAUGAAUACACUAGUCAUUCUGCCUCUUCUCUUGGUUACUAUCCAAGUAUCACUGUCAGCCUCUUCCUCAUCAGGCUGCAGCACAUUCAAACAACAGUUGGGAAGCCGGAAUGAAAAAGACAUUCUUUUGGAAAUGGCCAAGCAGAACAUUCUGAGCAAACUACAUCUGAAGCGAAGGCCAAAGAUUUCAAACACCAUCUCCAGGGAAGCUUUGGCACAGGCAUUGCUAAGGCUGAAUAUUAGGUUGCAAGAGGACUCCAGUAGAGAACAGGUUGAAGAACUAAACAAUGAUCAAGACUAUGAAGUCAUCAGCUUUGCUGAUAUUGAACACUCUCAAGCUUCUCAGACAAUUCUGCACUUUCACCUUUCUACUGAAAAAGGCACCUACCGUGAAAUCCAUAAUGCAACCUUGUGGCUCUAUCUUCAACCAGAUCGUAACAAGAAGAUAGCCAUUAGUAUCACAACAUCUCUCUCAAAGGAAAAGCCAUCGACUGAAAUGAUUUACAGGGAAAUUGUAAGAAGUGGCUGGUACACUGUCCCUCUGCCCAUGCUCACGGAGGCAGCAUUCGUGGAUGGAGAAGAAAAUAUAGAUCUAUAUCUGGAGUGUCUUAAUUGUACUGGCCAACCAGUAAUUGAAAAUACUAGUGAUGCUCAGCGCCCAUUCCUGGUGGUAAAAGCCCACAACCAGAGAGACGAUCAUCGUUUCCGCCGGCAUAUUACAGAAUGUAGUAGUGAUGUAGACAUGUGUUGCAAAAAGAACUUUUACAUUGAUUUUAAGGAGAUUGGCUGGAGUGACUGGAUUAUCAGUCCAGAGGGUUACAACAUGAAUUACUGUGAAGGUAGAUGUCCUGUUCAUUUAGCCAGGGUUCCUGGCAUUGCAGCAUCUAGCCAUACAGCCAUCCUUAGUCUUAUCAAAGCAAAUAACUUGUAUGCAAGCUUCAGCUCCUGCUGUGUCCCUACAAAGCGAAGGCCUUUAUCUCUGCUGUAUUUUGACAUGUACAACUCCAUAGUAAAGACAGAUAUUCCUGAUAUGAUUGUGGAGAGUUGUGGUUGCACCUAGUGUAUACUCUUUACUUUAUCCCAGAAGUCUGUGCCAUCUAAUGUCCAUUCUCUGUAACCCCUAUGAAAUUUUACUUAGGAGAAAAGUUAAGAACAGCUAAAUAGAGAGCUGUUCUCCAUCUUCAUUCUUAUCCAUCACCGAAGAUGACGACAUUAUGGAAAAUAUAAAUUUUAUCACACCUUUGUUUUCAGUGUUUCCCUGAAAGAACAAUUUUUAUUGCUGCAUACUUUUCCUCUUAAAUGUAGUUCUAAGACUUACUUUAUAAUGCAUAUGAAUGUAUAAUGAUAUAUAAAACUCACCUACUGCCCCUUGCCCAAAACAUAUCAUCCAUAAUGAUAUUAUAAAUAAUGCAAGGUGGGUUACAAAACUGAAUAGUAAAUUAGCAGAAGAUGUAGACGGGUAAGUAAAAAAAUUAAAUCCUAUUUACAUCUCUAGGUCUGUAUGUAACAUUAUGGAAAUUACCACAAGAUAAAACACCUUGGUAUGAAAGGCCAAACUGCAGACAUACAGGAAAUGGGUCUGAUGUUUUCUUGUGAUUCCUCCAAGAUCUAUAAAUAAUUAUUAAUUACUCAAAAGCUAUGUGAAAGUAAGAUUCAAUGAUACCUGAUUACAGAGGUUUAUAGGUACCAUAGAGUUCAUCAGUAGCAGUUCCACAUUUGAUCUCUUUUGUGCUCUAUAGAGGUAUUGUUAUUUUGAUGUUCAGCGGAAAUGACUGGGAAAAUUCAAAGAUGGUGUUGUUGUCAACUGGAGGUUGUUAAUCCAGCCAAGCAUACUCAGUAUAGAUAUGUAUUUACCUGAUUGGCUUGCCUGGCUUCGCUGAUCACUCAAUUAACCAGUAUAGUCCUAAAGUAGAGGAGCUGGCCUUAGCAAAGGCACCAGUCAAAACAAUGCACAGAGCAUCAAAAGACAAGUUACACUACUUCCUAUUUGUGGUACUUUGCAAUCAUAUUAUACCAGUGAUUUAAUACAAUUGCUGAAGACAGCACCCCUGUGCAUUGUUUAAUCUAAUCCAGAAAAUUUACAUCAGACAGGUUUAUCAAGGGUCGAAUUUUGAGUUUAUGGGAGUUUCUAAAAACUCCCAUUAACUCCCAUAAACUCGAAAUUAGAAAUAAAACAACCAAUCGAAAGUUAUUUAAAAAAAAUAUUUUUUUAAAAAUGGCUAAACAGGAUGAGCUGCAAACUCAAAUCGAAUCAAUUUUUUUUGAGUAUUUUCACCGAAAAAUUUUUUUUGUAAAAAUUUCAAUUUUCAAUUUGAACCUUGAUAAAUCUGCCACUUAGUGUAUUUGCUGGUAAAAGUGAAGUCAAAUAAAUCCUGGAAAUUUAAGGGCAUACUGGAAAUAUACCUUGGCAUAACCUAUUACUUUUACAAAAGUGAAAAUAUUUUGUCCAAUGCUUGGUCCUUGACUAGGCAAGACACACCUAUGUUGUGCAUAAUCUUCUUCUCAAAUGGAACCAGCCCAAAAUGUAAUACUCACUAUUAGGAAUGUUGUACAUGAGACCAUUAAAUUGUACUUUAUUAAAUA